AUGGCGCCCAAACGCACCGCCUCCUCCCAAAAAGCCGCCGCCGCUGCAGCAACCUCCGCCGAACCUCCCCAUCACCCCCCCUCCUCGCCCGCAGGACCGACCGCCGCCGCAGCGAUCCCCGGCACAAUGACCUCGCAGCCCAAGGCCGUCCCCAUCACCAUGACCCCCAAGGGCGCCUCUGGUGCCCAAAACUGGGACCAGGUCCUCACCAACAUCUACAACCACUACGUCAACAACACGCCGCAGCGCACGAAGCUGAUUGACGCCUUCAUGGCGUUCCUGGUUGUCGUCGGUGCGCUGCAAUUCUUGUACUGCGUGCUCGCCGGUAACUUUCCCUUCAACGCCUUCCUCUCCGGCUUCUCCGCUACCGUCGGCCAAUUCGUCCUCACUGCUUCCUUACGCAUCCAGACUACCGAGGCCAACAAGUCCGAUUUCCCCUCCGUAUCACCCGAGAGAGCGUUCGCCGACUACGUUGCGUGCAGCUUGAUCCUCCACUUCUUCUGCGUCAACUUCAUAAACUAA